GAUUAAGUGGUUGCGAGAUGAGGAGGACAUACAUAUAAGGGAAAGGGUGGUGGGGGUAUGAGACAUCAAGCAACAGUUCUUCUCCUGAUCAGUAAUCAGUAAUAAAUUGUAAAAAAUAAAUAAAGGAUUCGAUGGAGAUGCGAGGCAUAAUUUUUGGGGUCUUGCUGAGUCUGCUGUCGAUGGUGCGGGGUGAAGACCCCUAUAUCAACCAUACAUGGAACGUUACCUAUGGCAUCAUCUCCCCAUUGGGAGUACCCCAGCAAGGCAUUCUCAUCAAUGGCAAAUUCCCAGGACCCAGUAUUAAUACCACCAGCAACAACAAUCUAAUAGUCAAUGUCUUCAAUAAUCUUGACGAGCCUCUUCUUUUUACAUGGAAUGGCAUCCAGCACAGAAAGAAUUCGUGGCAAGAUGGGGUCCUCGGUACAAACUGCCCCAUUCCUCCAGGGAAAAACUUCACCUACCGUAUGCAGGUGAAGGACCAGAUAGGUAGUUUCUUCUACUACCCGAGCACAGCGUUGCACAGGGCAGCUGGUGGUUUUGGGUCGCACCGUAUAAACAGCAGGUUGCUGAUUCCAGUGCCGUACCAUGAUCCCGAGGACGAAUACGACGUUGUGAUCGGUGACUGGUACACAAAGAGCCACACCACUCUGAGGAAGUUCUUGGAUAGCGGUCGCUCCAUUGGGAGGCCUGAAGGUGUUCUAAUCAACGGCAAAACGGCUAAAGGUGAUGGAAGUGACCAGCCAUUGUUCACCAUGAAGCCCGAAAAGACCUACAAAUUCCGAGUAUGCAACGUAGGGAUGAAAUUUUCACUCAACUUCAGGAUCCAAGGUCACCCGUUGACGGUUGUUGAGAUUGAAGGCUCCCACGUGGUACAAAACCAAUACGAGUCUCUGGACGUCCAUAUAGGUGGCUGCUUUUCUGUCCUUGUCACAGCAGACAAGGACCCAAAGGAUUACUACAUGGUGGCUUCCACGCGUUUCAGCAAGACUGUUCUCACAGGAAAAGGCAUCAUCCGUUACACAAAUGGCAAGAGUGGUCCCUCGCCCGACAUCCCGGAGGCUCCAGUCGGCUGGGCUUGGUCUCUCAAUCAAUUCCGUUCCUUCCGCUGGAAUCUCACUGCCAGCGCCGCCAGGCCCAACCCUCAGGGUUCCUACAAAUACGCCAAAAUCGAAAUCACCCGUACCAUCAAGCUCAUCAACUCCGUCAGUAGGGAAAACGGUAAGCUUCGCUAUGCCCUCAAUGGUGUAUCCCACGAAGACCCCGAAACUCCUCUCAAACUAGCUGAAUACUAUGGAGUUGCUGACAAGGUUUUCAAAUAUAAUACUAUCAAAGACGACCCAUCAUCUGACGUUGGAACCACUGUUAAAAUUCAGCCAAAUGUUCUCAGCCUUGACCACCGUAAAUUCAUCGAGGUCAUCUUUGAGAACCAUGAAAAAUCUAUCCAGUCAUAUCACAUAGAUGGUUAUGCGUUCUUCGCAGUCGCCAUAGAGCCUGGCAAAUGGACCCCAGAGAAGAGGAACAGCUACAACCCUCUCGAUGCCAUCAGCAGGCACACAAUUCAGGUCUUCCCAAAAUCUUGGGCCGCCAUCUUGUUAUCAACCGACAACGUUGGAAUGUGGAACUUGAGAUCGAUGAUUACUGAAAAUAUGUAUCUUGGCCAACAGAUGUACUUCAGCAUUAUCAGCCCCGAGCGUUCUCUCAGAGACGAGUACAAUAUUCCAGACAACGCUUUACUUUGCGGUGUUGUUAAGGGUUUGCCAAAGCCCCCACCAUACACCUAAGAAAGACUCCUUCUAUAUAUGCAAUAAAAAGGAGUGUAGAUUAACUAUUGGAGUUGAUCAAUGCCUCAACGCGAUUUGCAAUUCUUUCCAACUUAAUUAUCUACUAGUUCUGGUAAUGUUUUAGCAAAAGCAUAGGCUCAUACCAUUUCAUUUUUUUUAACGGUCACAGUAUUUCUUUCUUAAUAAACUG